UCUCCAGCAGUCUCGAGGAGAGAAGGUUUGGGUUGGAAAGACAUGACUCGCAGUUUAGUGGGAAAACGGCAACCGGUAUCCGUCAAAUCGGUACAAUAUAACUAACGGGAUUGGGAGAAUCAGUGACGGAAAUAAUGGAAAUGACGCGCUACUUUAAGGUGAGUGGGCUGUCCAAGGGUGACAAUGACUGCCAACAAAAGUUCCAAGUCUGCACCCCGAGCAGGAGGGGCUAAUGUGCCCCGGGAUAUCCCUGACAGGUGCCAGUCUGUUUCUCCGCCUCCCACUCUCUCUGCCACACAGGGGCGGUGCCACGCUCCGCUCAGCGACAGUGAGGACAACGGACAGCACGUCAGGUACGUGAAAACCGACGGACGAUUCCUGGGCCGAGCCGGCUGGAGCAGCAGGACCGCUAGCCUCUGCAGUGGAGCCUCUCUCUCCUCCGAGUUCCUCUCCCAGAGCCGUCUUACCAAGUCCAAGAGCAUUGGCUGUCUGGACAACAAGCUCUCCAUCUACAAGCCCUCGGGUGGCACUCAGGUGGGUCAGGAGGAGCACAAGGAGAACCAGAAACAGGAGACUGUUCCUGGGGAUGGACUGAGUGCUGGGCCCCUAAGCUGGAGCACCCUCUCCCUGGCACCUUCGUCCAACCACAGCCACAAGCGCACCCUCUCUCUCAGCCGCCCGGUGUCCGGGACGUCCUCUGUCGCCAUUCGCAAGAAGAUCUCAGAAUGGGAGUGCAGGAGGGUGGCUCUACCUAGGAUGAGCCUGUGUCUAGAAAAGAGGCCUGUAGGGGAGCGUGUGGGCAGCAGCGAGGGCUGUCCCAGCCUCCUCUCCUCACCCUGUAGUGAGAAGACCUUUGACUUCAAGAGCAUCCGGAGGAUGAGUACGGCCUUCUCUGAAUGCUCCUACCCAGAGACUGAGGAAGAGGAGGCAGUCUCGGACAGGGAGGGUCUUGGCCGCUUUCAGAAGAGGCCAGGAAAGACAGACUCCUCUGCGUUAUUCUUGCGUUCCCUGUCUGCCAGGAAGGAAACGUCUGCUGUCCUUAAUCGGAUACAAAAGAUUGAACAGGUGCUGAAGGAGAGCCCCAGCCAGCCCCCACGGUAUCUUAGCAACUGCUAUGCACCAGACAAAAUGAGACAGAAGUCUUUCACAGUCGGGGGGAUUGAGGGCUUGGACAGUGCAUGUACCAGUAAACGCAGCAGCAUCUGUUCUGUGGCCACGGAACCAGACACACUGGCAGCGUCUGACAAGCUCUCCAGACUCAGACAUAGGUUCAGUGUGAGCUCAACCCGGUCAGAGACCGAAAGCCCAGAACCCCCUGGUCCACAGACAUCAGGGGGCACUCCGGUCAACCCUCUGCCCAAACCCAAACGCACCUUUGAGUAUGACGCCAACCGCAACCGCAAGGGCACGUCGCCGAGCAACGGACUACCUCCUGGCAGUGCCUCUGAAGAGUCACCUCCACCUCUUCCCUCCACCCCAGCACCAAACCUGAUGAGAAGCCUGAUGAAGGACGGGAGCUCCUCCAAGAGUCUCCAGGACAGGGAGUCGUGUGAGUUGCAGGAUGCUGUCAGCCUGGCGUCCCCGUCCCCGUCCUCGCCCUCAGAGAAUGGCACUAUUUCCACGGAGACCCGCAGCAGCAGCCGGCCUAGCUCCAAAAGCACUUUAGAGGAGAACGCCUAUGAGGACAUAGUGGAGAAGGAGAACCCCUAUGAGGAUGUGGACCUGAAGAGGAGGAGUUUGGGUCGGAAGAACCACCUAUUACCGGAGUGCAACCGCACCUGGAGCUCUCAGAAGCUCAACUCACCUCCACAGCUACCCUCCAAACCCAGUAGCCAGUCCCUGCGCCUCACUCUUCCCUCGGACAGGAAGAGUCACCGAGCCUCCCGUCUGUCCAAGCGACACAGCCAUGAUGACAUGCUGCUGCUGCCCCAGAUGGGAGGCUCUCCCUCCUCCUGUGGCCUGCUGGACGACAGCCUGAGCAGUGCCAGCGACACCCUGGCCUCUCACAGACACAGGAGAAUCCCCAAGAUGGUCCAGAGAAUCAACUCUAUUUACUGCACCAAGCGAGGGAAGAAGAGGCUUAAGAAGUUGACUUUGUCCAAUAUCGAGACAGCAUCUCUGAGAGAUGACAACAGUGAGAGUGAGAGUGACUCUGAUGACAGGUUCAAAGCUCACACCCAGAGGCUGCUGAAGCUGCAGUCCAUGCUGCGGCGGGCCCCUAGCUACCGCACACUGGAGCUACAGCUGAUUGAGUGGCAGGAGAGGGAGCUAUUUGAGUACUUUGUGGUGGUGUCUCUCAAGAAGAAGCCCACCAAGAACUCCUACUCCCCCGAAGUCACCUACCAAUUCCCCAAGCUAGAGCGACCCACCAAGCUGAUGAGGGAGGCAGAGCAGAGACUCAAAGCCAUCCCCCAGUUCUGCUUCCCAGAUGCAAAGGACUGGAGCCCAGUGUCUGAAUACACCAGUGAGACCUUUUCGUUCAUGUUGACUGGAGAAGAUGGCAGCAGAAGGUUUGGGUACUGCAGGCGUCUGCUGCCAAGUGGGAAAGGGCCUCGCCUUCCUGAGGUGUACUGCGUCAUCAGUCGACUGGGCUGUUUCGACCUGUUCUCUAAGAUCCUGGAUGAAGUGGAGAGGCGGAGGGGAAUCUCUGCAGCCCUGGUCUACCCCUUCAUGAGGAGUCUGAUGGAGUCUCCCUUCCCAGCACCAGGCAAGACCAUCAAAGUCAAGACCUUCCUGCCUGGAGCAGGGAACGAGGUCAUUGAACUGAGGAGACCCACGGACUCCAGGUUGGAGCAUGUAGACUUUGACAGUCUCUUCAGUUGCCUGAGUGUGCGUCAAGUGGUGCGAGUCUUUGCCUCACUGCUGCUGGAGCGCAGAGUCAUCUUUGUGGCUGAUAAACUCAGCACCCUGUCCAGCUGUAUCCAUGCUGUAGUGGCUCUGCUCUAUCCCUUCUCCUGGCAGCACACCUUCAUCCCCGUCUUACCUGCCUCCAUGGUGGACAUUGUCUGCUGCCCCACGCCCUUUUUGGUGGGGCUCCUGUCCAGCUCACUGCCCAAACUCAAAGACCUGCCUGUGGAAGAGGCUUUGAUGGUAGACCUUGGAACAGACCGCUUCAUCCGACAGAUGGAUGACGAGGCCUCGUUGUUGCCACGGAAACUCCAGUCAGCACUUGAGCUGGCUCUGGAGCAGAGGAAUGACAUCAUCAAUCAGGACUCUGACAGCGAGUCAGAUGAAGAGAGUAACUCCUUGAACAGCCUUGUGUCUGAGGCCUUUAUCCGCUUUUUCCUGGAAACCAUCGGCCACUACUCCCUGUUCCUUACUCAGAACGAGCGUGGUGAACGCAUCUUCCAGCGAGAAGCCUUCCGCAAGUCUGUGGCCUCCAAGAGUAUACGUCGCUUCCUGGGGGUCUUCAUGGAGUCCCAGAUGUUUGCAGGGUUCAUCCAAGACCGUGAGCUGCGGAAGUGCCGGGCCAAAGGGCUAUUUGAGCAGAGGGUGGAGCAAUACCUGGAAGAGCUACCAGACACAGAGCAGAGCGGAGUGAACAAGUUUCUUAAAGGACUAGGAAGUAAAAUGAAGUUUCUUCAUAAAAAGAACUGAGGCAAACUUCUACUGUACUUAAUAAACAAAUACCGGAGCAUGAAUGCUUGAUCAACGGCCUGCAAACUGAAGAGCAGAUACAUCCUGAACCCUGUAUUUUGUUGACGUAUUUACGAAUUUGUAUGUCAAGAACAUCAAUCGAAUGUCUAUAUGUUGUACAUAUUUCACUGUAAACUGGCCGUGAUAUCCUCCAAUGUAGCUUCAUUGUAGGUGUCUGGUACCUUAAUUGUAAGGCUAGUUACAGCAGGACGGUACAAUGUGCCUUUGUUUCUGAGUAACCACUGACAAAAAGGCGUGCGUGAGAAGAAUAUGAUCAAAUUGAGUGAGUGAAUGCUAGCUAAUGUAUGGUGGAUGUACAGUUACUAUAUGUUUCAUAUUUUUUUAAUCGUUGUCCCUUUCUUUUGCUGAAUGAGAGCUUUUAACUCCACACCAGGUUGGGAGGAUAUGUAUGCAUUAACACAUGAAGAAAAUGACUGUAAAUGUUUAAACAUGGGUUACUUUGUGAAAUUCAGUAAAUAAACAUAAAAGACGUUAAACCACUCAAA